AUGAAGCUCAUUGAACCCUCUAAAACCCUAACCAUAAGCAUCAAUCCAAAAGAAGAUAAGCUUGGCGAUGAGACGAAAAUGGCGAAGAAAGCUCCUCAAGAUCCAGAGAUAGGUGUGUUUGGAGCUGAGAAGUAUUUCAAUGGAGACAUGGAUUCAGACAAGAGUUCUAGUGUUUUGUCUCUAACAAACCCUGAAAUUGAGAGAUUCGUUGUUGAUUCGAAGAAAUCUACUGGAACUCCGAGUGUUCGAUCCGAAUCAAGCUGGAAUAGUCAGAGUGUGUUGCUUCAGAACAAAUUGGUGAAUAGCUGCAACAGUUCCUUGCAUGACAAGAAGAAGAGCAAUAGUGGUCAGGUUCAAAAGGUGAGCAGUACUAAGAAGAGUUUUCUCGCGACUUUCGGGUGCAAAUGCGCGUGUUCUGAUGAGAAAUCAGUAGAUGUGGACGAGCAUAUCUCGGUUAAGAUCGAAAAUCAGAUGAGUUCUUCGGCGAAUAUGAACACAGAACUGAUCAAGAUUCAGAAGCAAGAAGAGUUAGCACAGAGGAAAUCUGUUGAAGUGUUUGGAUCUCCAGUAAAUAUUGAGAAGAAGAGGAUUGAAACAGUUGAGAAGAAACUCACGUUGAUUCCAUGGGAAUCAAGAACAGAGGAGGAAGAAGAAGACACAAAGAGUGAUUCAAGCUCGGAUCUUUUCGAGAUACCGAGUCUUACGGGUAAACCUAAACCUUUACUUACAAGGCAAGGAAGUGAUCCGGCUUCACCUACAUGUUAUGCACCAAGUGAAGUAAGCAUAGAGUGGAGCAUUGUUACAGCAAGUGCAGCAGAUUUCUCUGUUAUGUCAGAAUGUGCAACAAGUCCUGUUAGAAGAAACCGGUCUUCUCAGAUUCCUCGAAUCCCUAGUAAUACCGCGAAAUCAUCAUCGCAGAGACGGAAAUCGAGUAGCGGAGGAAGUGGUGGUGGUUUCUUGAUGAGCUGCAAGAGUCAUAAAUCUGUUAGGGUAUCUGAAGAUUCAGAGAGAAGAAUCAGCAUGAACAAGACAUCAUCACCGAGUUAUGUUCCGAGAUUCCCAAUGGAGAGUACUAAACCUAAGAGUUUCGAAACACAAAGAAAGAUCAGAAACAGCUCCAUUUCUCUUACACAAUCAUCUCUUAUGUACAAGUAA